AUGAUCGCUACAGAAUUCGACGAAGGCCCGUUUAAGCUUAUUUGCGAUGACCUUGGUCUGGCUAAUAUGAUCGUUAAAAGUGCUGAAGAUCAUACUAUCGUCGGAAUGGUAGAUCUGGAAUGGGUAUAUGCGGGACCAGCACAGAUAUUCUUCUCGGCACCAUGGUGGCUACUCUACGAUCUUCCGAUUAAUGAAGAAUGGGAUUUUAUGAUGAGCAAACCCCCUGCGCUCAAUGACCGCUUUUUCAAGUGCCUUGAUAUGUUCGUGCGUAUCUUAGCUGAGGAAGAGUCGAAGACGCCAGGGUAUAACGAAGUGUCUACUCUUGUCAAAUGGUCGGUGGACUCCGGCGCUAUAAAAUUCGUCGACCAGGGAGAAAGCAUCUCAUACAACGAAGCUUCUAUCCUUUUAGGAGGAGUCCUUCCUCAGCAGACUGGAAAGACGUAA